AUGAUGAAUAGGAAAUCUGCCCUUCCGGACCUGACUCGGCAACGAUCUCAUUCCGACUCUUCGAAAAUUUCCGUCGCUGAGAACUUCUGCAUCGAGAAAUAUUUCCCGGAACAGGAGUCUCAAACAAAGUCCAUUGACCGUUCGAGAUGUCGUCCGAGAUUCAAGAGAUUUCGAACGGAUCACGAUUCCGUCCGCGGAGCGGUCGAAAGCUGCCUCCACGUGCCGAUAAGUUCAGCAAGCGACGAUGUGGAAGAGAUUCAACGCAAGAGGACUUUCUGCCGAUUGUGCCGCUAUCCAGCCCCUUUGGAAUCCCGAACCUUCACAGUGUCUGGCAGAGUGUUUCACAAACAGUGUUUUCUCGACUGUAAUUUUUCUGACUCAGAACUUCUCGAAGCAUUCAAGGCCAAAUGCGGCCUCCCUCUGGAGGAGAACGUGUCGAAAGACGGAAAAGAGCGCUCGAUUCGCCCCCGUUUCCUCGAGCGGAUCAAGAAGCUGAUCACGAAAAUCAAGAAGCUUCGAUGAGAUGACGGAAAUCUCCGCGAUAAAAAUCAUCUCCUGGUUGACGGAUGCGGCGCUGACUCUGAAUUUUGAAACUCGUCCGAGCUUCCCGCAACUUUAGCCGAAUCGGAUUAGCAGGCGCCGCGAUAUAUGUAGUUUCGUCGAGGCUGCUGAUGAUC